UUUGAGUUUCUUCUAAGCCCUUAGUAGUUGCCCCGAUGUCGAAAGAGUUUCCAUUUAUGGAAUCACAGCAAUCUAAAAUUGGUCCGUGCACCGACGCGAAAAUCCGCGUCUUCCCCAAUUCUUCAAUGAAAGAGCAUAACUGCCUCCCACCUUGGCAGCUGCCUGGCGUUGCCCCGGACCCGGCAUAUAUCCUUUCUUUGAUCUGCUGUAUACUCUCAGUAGCUGUUAUUUCGCAAUCUGUAUUUCACUCAUUGAUAACCCCUGCCCUCUUCUCCUCCGCGACUCCAUCGAUUGGCGUCACGCGUAUCCGGCGCCACUUUUCUCUGCGUGCCAGUGGCUAUGACGAACACCUUUUACCUAUGAGGAUCGGUUUGUAAAUUUAAGCUUUGCGAAACAACAACAAAAAUGUCGACCCGAGAUUCGCCGGUCACGCCUACCUUUUCGCACGGCGAUAACACCAUGCAGCCGUCGUCGCCCCUGACGGACGUCGACCAGGAUGUGAAAAUGGCAAACGAGAAUGGAACAUCUGGACAAAAUGGGGCUGUGGAGGAUGAGGAGGAUAUGGAUGUUAAGGCGAAAGCGCUCAUGCAUCUGCUGAAUACAAGCGAGGUGAGG